CACAUCUGACCAGGUCCCCCCUCUUCCAUGGCUCCCCUGGGCCCUAAGGUAAACCCCGGCUUCCUAGGCCUUCAGCAGCCCGGCCCCUGCCAGCCCCAGGCUUUCGGAACGGGCCUCCACUGGGCACUGCUGGCCCCGGGCACGAGGGUUAUGGGCCAUGGAGGUUCACAGCCCCGUGCUGUGCCCCCCGUGCCCCGCUGGGGUUGUGUGCGGGCCGAACGGCCUCAGGCAGGUCCCUUCCUGGGCAGUGUGUGAACGAGGCCCUCGGGAGGAACGUUCAGGACUCAAGCGAACCAGGAGGGUGCGUGGGUGCGGGGGUCAAGCACCUGGGCCCCAGACGUGAGGAGAAUGAACGGCCGAUCAGUACAGCUGGCUCGGCUGUCUUGCCUUCCCUCUGCUGUCUGUCACCAUCACAAGGGCCUCAGCCGAAGGCCUCCACUCCUGUCAUGAGGGACCUGUGGCCCGGAGAGGCUGGUGGGAGAACUGAUAGAUGCUGGCCAAGUCCCAGGAGGUGAUGAGCUCACCGUCCAGCAAGGCUGAUUUUCAUCUCCUAAGUAUAGACGAAAUUGCAUUCUUGGAAUAUACAUAAAUCCUUAUUUUGGGGUUGGCCAAUUUGUGCCAACAUCUGAUGUCGACAUGGGGUUUUUUUUUUUGCCUGUCUGUGUAGCUGCGGGACGGCGGUAGAUCAGGAAGGUCGGUCACUGGGCCAAUGUCAACAUGAACAACACUGGCCUGAGAGAAGGAGAGGAUGGGUUUAGAAAGUCCAGGAUCUGUGAGUCGACUCCUCCAGCCAGAGCUCACAGAAAAGAGCGGGUGGCCCUGAGAAGUCACUGGAGGACACCCGCCUUUUAAUUUAUUUUGAUAGCCCUCAGCUAUUAAAUCUUUAUAAAUUUCUGCUGGAAGCUUGAGAGGAGGCUGGUGUGCAGGACUGUGGACUCAGCACGAGCAAGUGGAAAGCGGCGGGCUCCAACAAGGCUGAGGCUUCAUUUCCCCAUCUGGGCCUUAAGUGCAAGGGUGAGGGCUGCUUCCCGGGGUGAAACCGUGGGAGGGAGCAACUCUGGCAACCACUGAGAGCGGGGAAACUGAGGCAGGGCUGGAACCAGCUGCUGGAAUCCAUGAGGCCAAUGAUUUCCAAGGAGCCCUGGAAACAGCCUUGCACCGAGCUGGCUUACUCUCACUCUUGCUAAAGUUAACCCCACUCUAAACCUGGGGAGUUUUAGUACCUCAGGGGACAGGCCGGGUCUGAGUUUACUACCCCAGGUUAAACCACGCAUGUCCACUGCUUUCACUCCCCUGAUUCUCACCUCCCUCCUCCAGCGCGCUCUGGCUCACAGGUGAUGGGCCCUGACUCAGCAGGUCUUCGACCACAGUGCUGCUGCCUGCCCGAGGAGGGCCCCUGGGUGGACCCCUUCUCUCCCCAGAUCCCCUGUCCUCACCUCAGAGGCUCGCAUUCCCCACCUCCACCACCACCCCAGCUCCCUUGGCUCUCCCCAAGACGUGCCACAGGAGCCUCACCUGCAAACGUCCGAGCUCAUCACAGCCAGACCCACUGUCCUCACGCCUCCUGCCCAGGUGCCCAAGCAGGACCAUGUGAAGCCUCAGGCUCCACUGCACCUUCUCUCUCCUCUAAUAUCCAGUUGGUCAUCAGACCUGAUGGUCAUCAACUCCCGACCAGAGCCUCAGCCCACCUCAGAUCGACGCCAGCCUCCCCGCUGCCGGAUGAAAGCUGGGCCUCUGUUGGCCCCUCCGCAUCACUGUCCUUGGGCCCGUGACCACCUUGGUCCACACUCCACCUGGAGUUCCUUUCCUGAGAGUGUCCGGGCGUCCUGUCACCCCUCCGUCAGCCACGUCUGCCUGGAGUCCAAAGACAGGAUCCAGGCCUCCCGGCUGCCCCUCUGUGGCCAAGUGCACGACGUCCCGGGGUCGCCCUGCCUCCGCCCAUCUCGGGUUCAUGCCCAAAGACAGCUGCUCGCUCGAGCCGGGAAGCCCGGCUGGUCUCGGGAGGCAGUUCAACGCCGGCGUCCUUCGGAGACUUUCGGAGCGUCGUGGAAGAAGUGAAGGAACGAAUGCAUGAAUUCUCCCGAAGGGGGACAAGUGGCCCCUGUUCUGGUACCUGCCAGCGUCACGGUGCAGUCACAGCGCGCGGGGGAGAGGAGGCACGUGGACACCAUCCGGGCCUCGCCACUGACAACGGGGAAACUGAGGAAGCGGCCGGCACUGUGGGGCACAGCCCUCCUGCGCGCCUCAAGGAGAGGGACGUGGCGGGCGUCCGGACCCCGCGAGUCCGCGUGAGGAGAGCCCCAGGGUCCAGACGUCCCGUCUCGCUCGCCGUCAAGGUAAAGCACACGAGAGGCCGACCCAAGCUCCCGCACCAGCUCCCGCUCCCGCUCCCGCUUCCCGGCGGCGACCCGGGAGCCCAGCGCGCGUGGGGCUCCCGGACGCCAGGGACCGAGGUGGGAGGGGCUCCACGCGGGCCGGCUGCGGCGGAGAGGCCGCGAGCUCGGCUUGUAAGCCGCCGUGAGGAAGCCGCCUGCGCCGUCCUCGGGCACCCCGCACCCGCGACCGCCCUGUCCGCGCAGCCCGGGCUCUCCUCUUCCCCCAAGGAGCGCGCGCACGCGGCCUGUCCCAGGGCCCUCGGCUCCCCACGGGGGGCCGCUCUCCCACCCCUCUGCCCUGCCACGCGCUCGGCGUCCCCACACUGCAGCGAAGUGACUGCGCAGGCGCUGGCGGCCACCCUCAGACCCGGCCAUCAGCGUCUCCCCGGAGUCUCGAGCGAUGGCUUGCCCAGCAGGCCUCGGUAGCCAGCCGCGCACAUCUGAUUGGCUUGGACUGGGGCACCUGUCCUUGCGAAGCCAAUCAUUGGCUAGGAG